UUGAGCCUCUGCAGCUGAUUGGUUGACAUUUUUUGGGGAGGUCAGGGGUCGUAGGCCAUGGCGGGCCGACUCCUCCUCUUCCUGUUCAUCUCCGUGACGCUUGGCCACGUUCACUUCCUGUCUGGCCAGCGUAUGAAGCCCCGCCUCCAGAGAGACCGCCGCAACAUCCGUCCGAACAUCAUCCUGAUCCUGACGGACGACCAGGACCAGGAGCUGGGUUCGAUGCAGGCGAUGAAUAAGACGCGCCGCAUCAUGGAGGAAGGCGGGACUUCUUUCUCCAACGCCUUUGUGACCACGCCCAUGUGCUGUCCGUCGCGUUCCAGCAUGCUCACUGGGAAGUACGUCCACAACCACAACACCUACACGAACAACGAGAACUGUUCCUCGAUGUCAUGGCAACGGCAGCACGAGCCGCGGACCUUCGGGGUCUACCUCAACAACACUGGAUACAGGACAG